AUGUAUAAAAUGGAAUAUUCUUACCUCAAUUCCUCUGCCUACGAGUCCUGUAUGGCUGGCAUGGACACCUCCAGCCUGGCUUCAGCCUAUGCAGACUUCAGUUCCUGCAGCCAGGCCAGUGGCUUCCAGUAUAACCCGAUCAGGACCACUUUUGGGGCCACGUCCGGCUGCCCGUCCCUCACGCCGGGAUCCUGCAGCCUCGGCACCCUCAGGGACCACCAGAGCAGUCCGUACGCCGCAGUUCCUUACAAACUCUUCACCGAUCACGGCGGCCUCAACGAGAAGCGCAAGCAGCGGCGCAUCCGCACCACGUUCACGAGCGCGCAGCUCAAGGAGCUGGAGAGGGUCUUCGCCGAGACGCACUACCCGGACAUCUACACCCGCGAGGAGCUGGCCCUGAAGAUCGACCUCACAGAGGCGCGGGUCCAGGUGUGGUUCCAGAACCGCCGCGCCAAGUUCCGCAAGCAGGAGCGCGCGGCGGCGGCGGCGGCGGCCGCGGCCAAGAACGGCUCGUCGGGGAAGAAGUCCGACUCCGCCCGGGACGACGAGAGCAAGGAGGCCAAGAGCACCGACCCGGACAGCACCGGCGGCCCGGGCCCCAACCCCAACCCCGCGCCCAGCUGCGGGGCGAGCGGCGGCGGCGGCGGCGGGCCCAGCCCGGCGGGCGGCCCGGGGGCGGCGGGGCCGGGGGGCCCGGGAGGCGAACCCGGCAAGGCCGGCCCCGCGGCGGCGGCGGCGGCGGCGGCAGCGGCGGCGGCAGCGGCGGCGGCGGCGGCGGCGGCCGGGGGCCUGGCUGCGGCCGGGGGCCCCGGACAAGGCUGGGCUCCCGGGCCCGGCCCCAUCACCUCCAUCCCGGAUUCGCUCGGGGGGCCCUUCGCCAGCGUCCUGUCUUCGCUUCAAAGACCCAACGGGGCCAAAGCCGCCUUGGUGAAGAGCAGCAUGUUCUGA